CUUCGGUCACACUGGUUGUGAGUAAUAGAAAUUUGUGGGGAAAUAUUUAUUUUCUUUGCCAAAAAUGUCUCACCAAACGGGAAUCAGAGCCAACGAGCAGCUGGCCAAGGUGUUCGGCAAGGCGAAAAAAGACAAAUAUCGUGUGAUAAAAGUUUCGAUCGAGAACGAGCAGCUGAGUUGCGGGGCCACGGCGGAGGCCAAGAAGGACUGGGAGCGAGACUAUGACAAGCUGGUAGCUCCUCUGCUGGAGGCCGACGUGCCCUGCUACAUCUUGUACCGGCUGGACGCCAAGAUACCGCUGGGACACAGCUGGCUGCUUAUUAGCUGGACUCCGGACACGGCCAGUAUCCGGCAGAAGAUGGUCUACGCCUCCACCAAGGCCACGCUUAAGACAGAGUUCGGCUCGGCCUACAUUACCGAGGAGCUGCACGCCACCACGCUGGACGAGACGACGCUGGAGGGCUACCGGCGGCACAAGCGGGACUUUGCGGCCCCCGCCCCGCUUACCAUGCGGGAGGAGGAGCUUAAGGAGUUGCGCAAGACGGAGGUUCACACUGAGAUCAGCACGAACACGCGCCACCAGACGCUCGGCGGCAUCAACUGCCCGCUGAGCGAGGCCACGCUGGCCGCCGUCCAGGAUCUGGUGCGCGGCAGCUACGACUACCUGCAGUUCCGCAUCGAUCUCGAGGAGGAGCGCAUCCAUGUCUCCCAUGCGGCCAAGGUGGAGCUGGCCGAUCUGCCCAAGCAGGUGCCCGAGGAUCAUGCCCGCUACCAUCUGUUUCUGUUCCGGCACACGCACGAGGGCGACUACUUGGAGUCGUAUGUGUUCAUUUACUCAAUGCCCGGCUACUCCUGCUCGGUGCGCGAGCGCAUGAUGUACUCCAGCUGCAAGGCGCCCUUCCUCGACCAGCUGGCGGCCCUGGGCGUGGAAGUGGUCAAGAAGCUGGAAAUCGACAACGGCAGCGAGCUUACCGAGGCCUAUCUGCAGGAGGAGCUUCACCCCAAGAAGAUCCUGCAUCGACCCGCCUUUGCCAAGCCCAAGGGCCCACCGAAUCGCGGCGCCAAGCGCCUCACGCGUCCCACCGCCGAGGACUAAGUCUGAUCCCAUCGAGUCAAUUCAAUAUCGUAUUUAACCACCAAACCGUCUGUUCCUGGCAGAGCAUUUAAUUUAUUGCAUUCAAUCGAGUUUCGUGUUCAUCCUAUCUGUCUUUCUGUGUCUACUCCGUGCCCCCCCUUGCCAGUGGAGGCGUCACGCAUAGCAGCAGCCAAUGAGGGCUUCCGUAACUGUAUUUCUUGUCUCUAUGUUUAAAUUUUAGAAGGACAUAUUUGCAAUUUAUUUAAAUUAAAUUAAUAAAAAAAACUCAACUAAGUUUA